AAGAGUGUUGUCGCAGCAAUGGCCGACGACGCGACUGCGCCUGCGACUACCACCAGCGCAUCGACGCAACCCCCCGCUGGAGGCGAAGGUGCGACCCAGACGCAACCCAAUGAUCAAGAUACCCCAAUGGUUGAAGAUGCUGCUGUCAAAGAACAGUCGCACGAACCCUCGACUACCGCCCCUGCCCCUGCAUCCGACAACCCUCUCGACGCCCCCGAGGCCCCUCGCCCCGAAGUAGAAGAUGCAGAUGGCCAAGAUGAUGAAGAGAUGGGCGGUGUUGAAGAUGCAAAAAAGGAAAAGGAGGGAGCAGAGGUCGACCCCGAGGCGCAAGCCAAGGCAGAUCUCCAGGCUGGAGCGCGCUCACACUUGGUCGCGCAGACCUUCGCGACCAUUAUCCCAAGUUACGCUGCAUGGUUCGACAUGCGAUACAUUGAUCACCGUGAGCGCAAGGCCCUGCCCGAGUUCUUCAAUGGCCGUAAUCGCAGCAAAACCCCCGCCGUCUAUCGUGAUUACCGCGAUUUCAUGAUCAACACAUAUCGCCUCAACCCCGACGAGUAUCUUACUGUGACCGCCUGCCGUCGUAACCUGGCAGGUGAUGUUUGCGCCAUUAUGCGCGUCCACGCUUUUCUGGAGCAAUGGGGCUUGAUCAAUUACCAGGUCGAUCCUCAGGAGCGCCCCUCAAACAUUGGCCCGCCAUCUACUAGCCACUUCCGUCUCACAGUCGAUACCCCUCGAGGGCUCCAAGCAUUCCAGCCUGCCCCUGCAUCUCGACUGACCGAGGGAAAACCCCACGCUGGCACAGAACGGGCUGCGAGUCAGCAGCCCACUGCGAAAGCAGACACCAAGUCCAUGGUCGGCCGGAACAUCUACGAAGCCAAUGGCAAAGAGGUCUCUGCAGAGCCCAAAGAGGGAGCGGCCGCCAACGGUGAGAGCGCAGCCAAUGGCUCCGUGAGCAUGGAGAAACUCGAGGCCCAGGCGAAAAGUCCACCCAGGAAAGUCGUUUGCAACAGCUGUGGUGUAGAUACUAGUCGUGUAUACUUUCACAACGCCAAGCCGGAGCCAUCUGGCCAGAUCAGCUUCAUCGGGGGAACCAAAGUCGAGAUUUGCCCCAGAUGUAUGGUGGAUUAUCACUAUUCCAAGUCUUUCCAACCGGAACACUUCACCAGAGUGGAACAAAAGAACUAUCCCACCUCGCUAGAUGACGACGAAGAGUGGACAGACGAGGAAGUCCUGCGGUUACUCGAAGGCCUGGAAGUGCACGAUGACGAUUGGAACGCGGUUGCCAACAUGGUCGAAACCAAAACAAGGGAGCAAUGUGUGAUGAAAUUCCUCCAGCUUGAGAUUGAGGACAAGUACCUGGAAGCCGAUGUGCCACAGUCGGACAACGGGACGCCUUCGAUCAAGUUCCUCCGCGAUCUCGAAUAUCUUGCCGAGGGCCGCAUGCCUAUCUAUCACGGCGAUAACCCCAUCCUAAGCGUCGUCAGUUUCAUGGCCGGGCUUGCACCUGCGAAUGUCACCGGAGCAGCUGUCGCAGCUCAGCGAAGUGUUAGCCAGAUGAAGCAAAUCAUGCAAAACAAGAUUGAGAAGGUCGGCGCCCCGACAUCCGAGAAGGGCAAGGAGAAGGAGAAGGAGAAGGAGUCAGAGAAAGAGAAGUCGUCGGGAGAUGAAGUAAAGAACGAGGAUGCCAUGGAUGUCGACACCACAACGGAGACUUCAGCUGCCGUUGUCAGUGCAGGUGCCGAAGCAUCUGAUCCACUUGCCACGCUUCCCUUUGCUCUAUCUGCUGCUCGUGCAUCGGCUCUCGCAUCUCAUGAAGAGCGACACGUCACCCGUCUCGUCUCUGGUGCCGUCAACCUCCAGCUCCAGAAGCUUCAACUAAAGAUGGCUCACUUCAACGAUUUUGAAAAGCUACUCUCCGCUGAACGCCGUGAUCUCCAACGCCGUCGCCAACAGCUAUUCACGGACCGACUCAACUUCCAGAAACGUGUGCGUGCUUUGGAAGAGGCCACAAAGAAGAUUGGCAGCAAUCUCGGUGGUCAAGGCCUUCCUGGGUCGGUCAACCCCGAGGAUGCUGUUGCCGCCAUUUCGGAAGCCCUUCGCACGUUCGGUGUUGGUAAAGGAGAAGAGGGUGUGGGUGUCAAGGCGGAUAGCGUGGAUGACAGUGUGCAGCCCAUAUCAGAAGGCGCUGAGGGCUUCGGGAGAGUUGAGGUUUAG